AUGUCCACUCUGCAAGGCGUUCUUCACAUGUCCGUUGCAAUACACCAAGCCGGGUGGCACCUAAAGCGGAAUCUGCAACUUUAUGGGCUGCUGGCAUUUUCUGGCAUUGCCCUUGCCAUGAUUACCCAUCUCCUUCGGAGGAACUUCCCACAAUUAGGAGUCCUGGUUCCUAGCGUCACUAUUUCUCUCCUCUUUUCACUUCGAUGGGUAUUGCUUCUCAUUCGGAAUAUCAAGUACGCAAAAGUCGCAUCUCGUGCAGUCAUCAUUCGGAUGAAACAUGCUGAUGCUGUUCGAGUCGUGAUCCCCAUCAACCGACCAUUCCGGAUUCAACCUGGAAUGAGCGUUUACAUUUGGAUGCCUGGUGUCAGCUUGCGUGCUGCUCUCCAGACAUAUUCCUUUCCCAUAUCCUGGUGGGAGAACGAUGUAAAUGGAAAUGCCACAAGCAUCACGCUGCUGGCACGUAGGGAACGGGGCUUCACGCAAAGACUAAUAGGUCAUCCGAGAAGCGAGUUCUUGACGUGGUUGGAUGGACCGUAUGGUCGCCCAGAGGGACUCGCAGGGUAUAGCCGCGUUCUUUUUAUUGGCACUGGCAUUGGAAUUGCUCCAUUGCUAUCCUAUAUUAGACUCUCAGUUGAGAGUAAUAUUAAUAACCACUCACAUUGCGAUAUAUUCAUCGUGUGGGAGGUUGAUCAUGAGUCAAAUUUCGACUGGAUAUAUGACUGGAUGGAUGAGCUCCUUCGGAAGGAUAAUGGGGCUUAUAACCUUCAUUUCGCGCUACAUAUACCAUCCGCCCGACCUGCUCAGGACACUCACGAAACGUGGAAUAGCAAGCACGGGAGAAUUUUCAGGUUCUAUUCUGCUGAUUAA